AUGAGUUUUGGGCAGAAGCUGUUCAUACAGCAGUCUAUCUUCUCAACAGGUGUCCCUUCUAAGUCUCUUAAGAAAAUGACACCAUUUGAGGCCUUCACAGGAAGAAAGCCAGGUAUUGCACACUUGAAAGUGUUUGGAUGCCUAUGUCAUGUGCUUAUUCCUUCUGUUUUGAGACACAAGUUGGAAGAAAACAGUCACAAAUGCAUCUUUGUGGGCUAUGGAUUGUGUGAAAAAGGCUAUAGACUGUAUGAUCCUAAGACUAGAAAGAUUAUCUUGUCUAGGGAUGUCUAUUUUGAUGAAGAAGCCUCAUGGAAAUGGGAGAAUCCUAGCAAUGCAGAUGUGAGAGUGCCUAUGCCAGAUGGAAAUCAAGGUACUGCAGAAACUGAACAGAGGGUAUUAGAUGAACAACCUCAGUUUUUGGAUACUCAAAUGCAGAUGGAAGAAGAAAUUGCACCUCAAGGGGAAGAAAUGCUUGAUGAGACUCAAAGGUUUGAUCACACACCUCACAAGUGGAGGAGUAUUAAUGACAUCAUGACACAAUGCAACAUGUGCAUUGUAGAACCUGACAGCUUUGAAGAAGCAGAUUUGGAUGAAUCAUGGAGAAGUGCAAUGGAGGCUGAAUUCGAGAUGAUUAAGAAGAACAAUACAUGGAAAUUAGUUGACAGGCCAUUUGACAAACCAGUAAUUGGUGUUAAGUGGAUCUACAAGGUCAAACUGAACCUAGAUGGUACUGUGCAGAAGAAUAAAGCUAGGCUUGUGGCUAAAGGCUAUUCACAGAAGCCUGGAAUCGACUAUAAUGAGACAUUUGCCCCUGUGGCAAGACUUGACACCAUCAGAACCUUGAUAGCCCUUGCAGCACAAAAGGAAUGGAACCUAUUUCAACUGGAUGUGAAGUCUGCCUUUCUCAAUGGCAUUCUAAAGGAGGAAGUUUAUGUUGAACAACCUCAAGGAUAUGUUCAAGAGAGCAAGGAAACCAAGGUGUACAGGUUGAACAAGGCUCUAUAUGGACUGAAACAAGCCCCAAGGGCCUGGUAUGAUGAAAUAGAUGCCUAUUUCAACACUGCAGGUUUUAAGAAGAGCUUAAGUGAAGCUACUCUCUAUAUCAAAACAAGUGACACCUCAGGUAUUAUCAUUGUCUCACUCUAUGUAGAUGACAUUAUAUAUACUGGAAGCUGUCCUAAAAUGCUUGAAGAGUUUAAACAAGAUAUGAUGCAACACUAUGAGAUGACAGACUUGGGUCUGUUGCACCAUUUUCUUGGCAUGGGAGUGGAACAAACUGAUAAGCAUAUUUUCAUUCAUCAAAAGAAAUAUGCCAUGAAAAUUCUUGAGAAGUUUGGAAUGAGAGACUGCAAGUCAGUGGCAAUUCCAUUAGUGGUGAAUGAGAAAUUGUGUAGAGAAGAUGGAAGUGAAGCAGCAGAUGAAAUGAAUUCAGACAGAUUGUAG